AUGCCUAUCAUCACCGAAGCGCCCAAGAAAUUCGACUUCAUAGUCGUCGGAGGCGGUACAGCUGGCUGCGUCGUGGCCGGUCGUCUUGCGGAGAAUCCCAAGGUCAACGUGCUUGUCAUCGAGGCAGGCAUAGGAAACCCAGAGGAUGUUGAUGCUAUCACGACUCCCGCCCGAGCCUUUGAGCUUCGAGGCAGCAAGUACGACUGGCAGUACAAGACGACCAUGGUCGACCGGCCUGAGUACACUCGGAUUGAGAAGCCCAAUACUCGGGGCAAGGUCCUCGGAGGCAGCAGCUGUCUAAACUACUACACCUGGAUCCCCGGCAGCGCCGCAACCUUUGAUGAUUGGAGUGAAUUCGGGGGCGAUGGUUGGACGUGGGAAAGCAUCAAGGACUACCUCUACAAGCCCGCGACGUACCACGAUGACCACGGUGAUUUUAGGCCCGAGCUCCAGUACAUUGGUCAAAACGGACCACUUCCAGUUUCUCACUCGGACUUGGUUCCUGAGCUUAAGCCAUUCCGAGAUGCCCUGGAAGAAGCCUGGGUCAGCAAGGGCGAGGAACUGACCGACGACGUUCAUAACGGCACCAUGAGGGGGCUAUGGAAAUGCACCAACUCGAUCUACAACGGGAAGCGCUCAUCGAGCUGGAUGUAUUUGAAGGGAAAGGACAAUGUGGCUGUUCUAUCGAGAACCCACUCAAGAAAAAUCAUCACUGAGGACGGAAAGGCGGUUGGCGUUGAGGUCAGCGGCCCAGACGGCGAGACCUACUCCUUCUACGCCAAUUACGAAGUCAUCGUCUCACAGGGAGUCUUCGAAACUCCCAAGCUUCUGAUGCUUUCUGGAAUCGGUCCAAAGAAGACCCUGAAAGACUUCGGCAUCGACCAAGUUGUCGCUUCGGAGAACAUUGGCCAGAACCUCCUUGACCAUCCGAUCAUACCCCACGUCUUCAGACUCAAAGAUGGGUACGGUCUGGACGGACACCUCCUCCGUCCCGGUGCAGCGCACAGUGCAGCAGUUGACGCUUAUAACACCUCAAACAGGGGUCCGUACACCAGCGGGCUGCUCGAGCUCGUUGGGCUUCCACGCAUAGACAAAUGGCUCGAGCAGGACGCCGAGUACGUUGCCUAUAAGAAGGCCAACGGAGGCGUGGACCCGUUCGGCCCAGGUGGACAGCCGCAUUUCGAGAUUGACUUCGUCCCAAUGUUCUCCGAUGCCUUCCAGUGGCACAUUCCUUGCCCUCCAGAGGGUGACUGGCUAACCAUCAUCGUCGACCUGCUCCGCCCGCUUUCAAAGAGCGGCGUCGUGACGCUCAAGUCGGCGGACCCGCUCGUGGACCCCAGCAUCAACCUCAACUUCCUGGAGGAUAAGCUGGACAUCAUCGCUCUACGCCAGGGGCUCCGCUUUGUGGACGACAUACUGAUGAAUGGUGAUGGGAUGAAGGACAUCAUCGGCGAGGACUAUCCUUUCCCAAUUCCUCGCAACUCUGAUGAGGCUCUGAAUACGAUGAUCAAGGAGCGUUUCCAGACCGGCUUCCAUCCUUGCGGCACAUGCCGGCUCGGAAAGGACAUCAGUCAGGGAGUCGUGGACAGCAAGCUCAAAGUCUUCGGUGUCGACAGGCUCCGUGUCAUCGAUGCUUCGGUAAUCCCCGUCAUUCCUGAUUGUCGUAUCCAGAACUCGGUCUACGCGAUAGGAGAAAAGGGAGCCGAUAUGAUCAAGGCUGCUUACCCGGAUUUAUACGCUUAA